CGGGGCCAAAGGCAAAGCUCCGCACUCUGCCACCCUCCAUCAUUUGACGGGUAGGCAGAAUUGUGUGGCGAAGACACUGAGUUGAACUGGCGCACAUGAGUGGUUUUCGCCCCCCACGUUUCCUUUGGUACGUCAGCGUUGUUGCUGACCCGCCAUUAACCACAGGGUCCUCGAGGCAUCCCGUUCUACGGCCAACCCUCUCGUCAAUUUAAAGGGGAUCAUUUCCACAACAUGGACGACCCAUUAUGGAUAUGGCCAUCCUGGAAAUUCGACAUAAAGAAAGAGGAUUUAUUCACCAAGCUCCACGAUCAAUACAACACCUACUCGGCCCCCUUCAAGACGCUGAGGCUUUUUAUCAUGAUAUCUCCGAAAUCUCCUACGAAGCGCAGUCGACUGUCGAAUUUCAUCAUGUAGCCAGCAAUAGCAGACAACAGCGACUCUGUGAGUUGAAUAACUCUCUUGAAUCUGCAAUCCAGGUCUUCCGUACAAACUCUUUGGACUCCCUCGUUCGAUACUUCGCUUCUUACCUCCCCGCCGACCACAUUUGGCACCCAUUGUGUCAAGAUUCCGCCCUUGUCGCCACUGACGCUGUAUCCACCUCCCCUUUACCGAAAAAGCGGUGCAAACGCAUCAAAAUGAAUGAGGCCACUGACUCCGGGAGGCAGACCUUGCUGUCGCCGUCGAUGGUGCUUGGCCGCCUUCCGGCGAAAGAUCAAUCCUUGGAGCCGAAUGAACCCUUAGAUUCUGCGCGUCCUGCUGAACACAGCUCCUACGUCGGCCAUGGAAGUUUUGGUGAUGGCAUGUCGACGAUGUCAGAUUCCGAUGCAUUUACAAUGGUUGAAUGCAGGAUUAAGAACACACUCAAUGAGACAGUACGCCCCUACGGGGGAUCUUCUACCAAAUUAUCUCUCAAGCAGAUUGAUCUUGCAAGCAACCAUUCCGGCGGCCAGAGAGGGCGUUGUGUCGAUUGUCAAGUGAGCGCACACCCUAAAACCUUGACGUCUUUACCCGUAGAUCUAUCAUUCUCGGGACCUUUGCGGACUCCGGUCGCAUCAGAUGGCUCCGUUCUAGUUGCUGCUGGAGCUAUGGUGGGAUUGAAGCGCAAACGUUGUUAAGCGACAAAAACUCUCAAGCUCUUCAGUCUUCACAUAUUCGCAUUGUACCUUAGAAAAUCACAUAGUCUCGUUGCAUGAUUUUUAUUAUCCCUUUGACUGGCAUAGCCCUUCUGCGAAGUCGCACUUAGGGGCUCAAAUGAAUAAGUGCCUAUCAGUUUGCGAGUACAUCUAGAUUAUGUUAAAAAUCCGCAAUAGUCACCAAACCCAGUUAUCUAUAUACUUGAGCAAAAUGUAACAAAGUUACAGAACAGUAACUGACUUAAAGUGCCUUAUUGAACCAAAUCUCUUGUCGCUGAUUUGUACGUGGGGUCAAGUGGAGCU